GGAGCCGCAGUCUAGUAUGUUUUAGACGUCUAUGGUUUGAUUGUUGGACAAAGUGAUACUUAACGUCCAGUGCGUAGAUAAACGUUUUAUUGAGAGAGGGAGAGAGAAGACCGACGUUUUGUUAUAAUUCGUAAUUAACAUUUGAGACAGAAUUCGCGUGCAAUCGUUUCAGCAAUCACGUCAUCAUGGAGCAGGAAGACGUUCUGACGAUACUGAAAAUUCUUAUGAUAGGCGAAUCUAACGUUGGAAAGUCGAGCAUACUUCUGAGAUUCACCGAGGAUGAGUUCUACGACAACAUGCAGAGCACGGUCGGGAUGGACUACAAGACCAAGCAGAUCACCAUUGACGGCAAUACGGUGAAACUCGCAAUUUGGGAUACCGCCGGUCAAGAACGAUUCCGUACUUUGACCCCGAGUUAUUACAGAGACGGUCAGGGGGCUAUUUUGAUGUACGACGUUACGGAUCGCAAUACCUUUGUGAAAUUGGAGACGUGGCUCAACGAAUUGAACACGUACUGCAAUAAAACAGAUAUCGUUAAAAUGGUAGUGGGAAACAAAAUAGAUUUGCCGCAUAGGGAAGUGAGCACCGAGGAGGGUUUGGAGUUCGCCAGGCGGCAUCAGACCUUGUACAUCGAGAGCAGCGCGAAAACAGCAGAUGGUGUCAAGUGUUGCUUCGAGGAACUUGUACAGAAGAUAAUACAGACGCCUGGUCUUUGGGACACUCACUCUUCGCGGUUGUACGACAACGGUACUCUGGGCGCCAGACAUCGAAUGGGAAGAAGAGGAAUGCAGCUGACCAAUGACCAGCCACAACAGGAAGCUUAUUCAAAUUGUUACUGCAGCAUGCUAUAAUGUAAUCUGUGAUGAACGGUGAUAAAGAAGUUUAGUGCUAAACCGUGUGUAUUGUAUUCAAUUCGAGACUUUACACGAGGAGUAAAUUCGAAAAGACUACGACAUUGCUUCAUACGUGCUGCAAAUUCAGAUUCCCACAUAACGUAAACGAAAAACGUGCAUGUAUUCGCUUAUAUCUCACGUAAACACACGUACACACACACACACACACAUGGACUACCGUUGAAAAUUGAAUCUCGAGCCUAGCGAUGAAACUUACUUCGAAUUUUUGUCUUGUAAAUAUAUAUAGGAAUUGAAAACGUAAAAAAAAACACAAAACUCGAUAAACAUUUGUACGGACAAUAGUCGUUUGCGCUCGGUUCACAUCGCGUUUUUGUACGAGUUAGUCGUGGCUCCGGCAUUUUUACGGUGUUCUCGAUUGUGUUCGUCGUUUUAUAUUCUGCACAAUACGUGCGCUUAACGCAUAUCGUCUUAUUCGAAAAUGUGUAUUAUAUUGUAAAAAUGUGUAUCUAGGAAAAUUUAUGCUUAGCUAUUUUGUCUA